GGCCGAACUCAAGAUUAAACUUCGCACAUGGUGGUUGUGAGCGGAGGGGCGUGAGGUCGACCUCUGCAUGUAACAGGGGAGGUCUCGGGUCAGACUAAGUGUUGCUGGAGGAUCCGACCUGCAAGGUGGCCUUGGAGGUUAACUCAUGACAGCGUGUAAGGUUUGUGCGCCUAGGCGGUCCUCGCGAGGCUCCUGAAAAUGUGUUAGGUCAUGAAACGAGUGCGCACCGAGCAGAUUCAGAUGGCUGUGUCCUGCUACCUCAAACGCCGGCAGUACGUGGACUCAGAUGGUCCCCUGAAGCAAGGACUGCGUCUGUCACAGACUGCUGAGGAGAUGGCAGCCAAUCUCACAGUCCAGUCAGAAUCUGGGUGCGCCAACAUAGUGUCUGCAGCCCCAUGCCAGGCAGAGCCCCAGCAAUAUGAAGUACAGUUUGGACGACUACGGAAUUUUCUGACCGAUUCUGAUUCCCAGCAUAGCCAUGAAGUGAUGCCUCUCCUCUAUCCUCUCUUUGUCUACCUCCAUCUCAACCUGGUCCAGAACAGUCCGAAGAGCACAGUGGAAAGUUUUUACAGCCGCUUCCAUGGAAUGUUUCUGCAGAACGCUAGCCAGAAGGAUGUCAUUGAGCAGCUACAGACCACUCAAACCAUCCAGGACAUCCUGUCUAACUUCAAGCUUCGAGCAUUCCUAGAUAACAAGUACGUGGUCCGUCUCCAAGAAGACAGCUACAACUACCUUAUCCGCUACCUCCAAAGUGACAACAACACCGCCCUGUGCAAAGUCCUCACCUUGCAUAUCCAUCUUGAUGUGCAGCCUGCCAAGAGAACAGACUACCAACUCUAUGCCAGCGGCAGCUCCUCAAGAAGUGAGGGCAAUGGCUUAGAAGGCACUGACAUGCCUGCCCCUAUUCUGCAGAACGAGGCUGCCCUGGAGGUUUUGCAGGAGAGCAUUAAGCGGGUCAAGGAUGGCCCCCCCUCCCUCACUACCAUCUGUUUCUAUGCCUUCUAUAACACAGAGCAGCUUUUGAACACUGCAGAAAUCUCCCCAGAUAGCAAGCUGCUUGCUGCUGGGUUUGACAACUCCUGUAUAAAACUGUGGAGUUUACGAUCCAAGAAGUUAAAAUCAGAACCCCAUCAAGUAGACGUGUCCCGCAUCCACUUGGCUUGUGAUAUUCUGGAGGAGGAGGAUGAUGAGGAUGAUAACGCAGGCACAGAGAUGAAGAUACUGAGGGGACACUGUGGACCAGUGUACAGUACAAGGUUCCUCGCAGACAGCUCAGGGUUGCUCUCUUGUUCCGAAGACAUGUCCAUUAGGUACUGGGACCUCGGAAGUUUCACCAACACUGUGUUGUACCAAGGACAUGCCUAUCCUGUGUGGGACCUGGACAUUAGCCCAUAUAGCCUGUACUUUGCCAGCGGGUCCCAUGACCGCACUGCAAGGCUGUGGUCAUUUGAUCGGACGUACCCACUGAGAAUAUAUGCAGGACACCUGGCAGAUGUGGACUGUGUCAAAUUCCACCCUAAUUCAAACUACUUAGCUACAGGCUCAACCGACAAGACUGUCCGGCUGUGGAGUGCUCAGCAGGGGAACUCGGUGAGGCUCUUCACAGGCCACCGUGGCCCUGUGCUUUCUCUUGCCUUUUCUCCAAACGGUAAGUACUUGGCAUCAGCUGGCGAGGACCAGCGUUUGAAGCUAUGGGACUUGGCUUCUGGGACCCUUUAUAAAGAAUUAAGAGGCCAUACGGACAAUAUCACCAGCCUCACCUUCAGUCCUGACAGUAGUUUGAUUGCCUCUGCAUCCAUGGACAACUCUGUGCGAGUCUGGGACAUUAGGAACACUUACUGCAGUGCACCUGCUGAUGGCUCCUCCGGUGAACUCGUGGGUGUAUACACCGGGCAGAUGAGCAAUGUACUGAGUGUGCAGUUCAUGGCCUGUAACCUUCUUCUAGUGACUGGAAUCACACAAGAAAAUCAGGAACAUUAAUUUUUUUUAUCUUUGUUGUAAUGGACUGGGGCAAUAGUAGAAGGCCUCCAGAUUGCAAGUCUUACAACAAACUGAGAUUGAAUCACUGACUGACUGUGAAAGACUCCCUGCCUCCCUCCCUUCUCCUGUGCAGACAUCCUGAUCACCUUACCCCUUCACUCAGCCCCCCCAAAUGUCGAAGGACUGUGGGGGAGGAAACGCGGUGAUAAGUGGACGUGAGAUCAAGAAUGAAGAUGCUCUGGAGGUCAGAUUGCAGUUCUUACAAAGAUCUCACUGUGUCCUCAUGUGAGCACCUUCCUGGCUCUGUCUCAUUUUCCCAUUUGUAAAACCGAGAUGCUGCUUCCUUCCCUGGGUGCUGCAUUUGGUCUGAGGAUGGUGGCAGAGCACUCUCAGGAGGAGCAGUGCUCCAGGGUCACGUGUUAUCAGUCACUUGGGUGGAAGGGAAUAUUGGUGUAGGAAUGCGGGGUGGGAACUAGGAAAAGGGGUGGACAUAAUCCUGGUAAAAAGUCUUUCCUUUUCCAUAAUUACAGAGAACCAGGAUUUUUUAUUAUUGUUAUUAUAAUUAUUAUUAUUAUUGAGAAGAGGAAACCUAGCACUGGCAGAGGGGCCUUCUCUGCUCUCAUCUUUCAGGUUUUACUCCUGGCACUGGCUGUGAUACUUGGAAUUUUGAGGUUCAGGGAAUUCAGAGAAUUUGAUAGCACAGUGUAUUGGGAGAAAGGGAAAAUUUCUGGGUGACAGAUUGAUCCCUCCACCUGACAUGUUUCUAGCAAUGGGUGGGUGGAUUUGAUUGAGAAAGUCUUGGGCUCUUGCAGUGAUGGUGGGAAGGAAAGAUUCUUUUUAUGGCUGCACUUCUAUUAACAAUUCUCUCCCCUGAAAGGACAUGUUGUGGUAAAGAAAUGAAGAUAAUUUCAAAUGAUGAAAGAUAGAAUUAGAAAAUUAGAUUGAAUUUCCAAAUGACCGUUUAUUCAGAGGUGUGGCUUUUUCAACGUCUUUUUCUCCUGAGAUCAUCCGCUCCCACCUCCUGCAUUGCAAUAGCAGUUUAAUGAACACUUUGUGAAACAAAUUGUAAGUAUGUAUGCACGCAUAUAAAACUAUGCUUUGAGGAUAAAGCAACUUCUAAUUUGUGGAAAAAGGAUUAAAUAUUUCUGUUUUCUGAAAAGAGUUAUUUUGUAUUUUGUUUUCUAUUAAAAUGUAUUUAGUUUCAAAAAAAAAAAAGAAGUGUUGGCAUCUCAUUUAAAGUGUGAGGACAGGUGGGUGUGUGGUCCGUCCUGGGGUGAUGUGGCAGCUCACCUCUCUUCAGGGCGAUAGCCAGUUAUGCAGGCCAGACAAGCCUCGGUUGGAGGUGCUUUUGAUCUGUUCUUGUAUGCUAUUCAGCUUACUUUGAAUCAUUCCUCUUGGCAUUCACAUGAAUUACUGAUAGUAUUUAAUACUAUUUAUACAUCCAAGAUUGCCAAUUGCUAACUGAAGAC